AUGUCGGCUCCCAGGUCCGGCGCGCGGCCGGUGCCUCCUCCCCGCCGCCCGGUUGGACGACUGGCCAGUCUCAAGCCCCCCAGCGCAACUCCAAUCAAACGCCCACAGUCGAUCACUCGUCCUCAGGCCCCCAGGCCAACUACUCACCCGAAAACCUCCAACUGCCCUAACCCGGGCUGUCCAGCCCCGCAGAUCGUCGAGGAUGGAGGAACCAAGGUCUGCGCAGGCUGUGGUACAGUCAUCAGUGAAUCCAACAUCGUCUCGGAGGUGACGUUCGGUGAAUCCUCGUCUGGUGCUGCCAUGGUGCAGGGUUCUUUCGUCGGCGAGGAUCAGACCCACGUUCGCAGCUAUGGGCCCGGUUUCCAGCGCGGAGGCGCCAUGGAGAGUCGGGAGAUGACGGAGCAGAAUGGAAACCGCUACAUGGUGCAACUUUCCCGAGCCCUAUACAUUCCUGAGAGUGCGACCAAGGCAGCGGGCCAGGUCUUCAAGCUCGCGGUUGGGCUGAACUUCAUUCAGGGUCGUCGCACUAAAACCGUGGCUGCCGUGUGCCUCUAUAUUGCUUGCCGACGCCAGAAUGGAAACACCGUCAUGCUCAUUGAUUUUGCCGACGUUCUCAUGAUCAACGUCUUCAAACUGGGUCGUUGUUACAAGGCUCUCCUCGAUGAGCUUCGUCUGGGGGGUAAUGUCUUCCUGAUGAACCCUAUCGACCCCGAAAGUCUGAUCUACCGUUUCGCCAAGCAACUCGAAUUUGGCCCCUCGCUGAUGGCGGUGGCCGGAGAAGCCGUCCGCAUUGUGCAGCGCAUGAACCGUGACUGGAUGACGACUGGUCGACGUCCAGCCGGUCUCUGUGGUGCAGCGCUGAUUCUGGCGGCGCGCAUGAACAACUUCCGUCGAACCGUGCGUGAAGUGGUUUACAUCGUGAAAGUAACAGAAAGUACUAUCAGUACACGUUUGAACGAAUUCAGUUCUACCGAGAGUGGUGAGCUGACUGUGGACCAAUUCCGAUCCGUCCAGCUCGAAAACACACAUGAUCCUCCCUCCUUCACCCGAGGGCGAGACGGCCGAAAGAGUCGCGUUAAGCACGUCCCCAAAACAGCUGCGGAAAUUGAAAAUGACUCCCAGUCUGAGAGUGAAGCCGAAUCAACACAGCCACACCGUGUAGAUGCGGAUGGCUUUGCUAUUCCUGAUCUUCCCAUCGAUCCGGCUUUGACCGCAGGUCAGGGUCGACGCCCCUCAGUUGUCGCCAAAGCCGUCAGCGACGUCAUUGAGGAAAUGAAAACAGGGACAGCCAAGUCCAAGGGCAAGGGCAAACGACUAGCUACUCCCGAGCCCUCCGCCGAUCAAGUUGCCUCCGAAGAAGCGCUAGAAAACGAAGUGCGAUCUAUCCUCGGCUCCAAUAUGGUUCAGACUGCUGCUUCCGAACCAUCACGGCCUCCCGUCUCAGAUAGCACCGAACUCGACGAAGCGGAAUUCGAAGACGAUCCCGAAGUCGCCCUUUGUCUGCUGUCGCCGGACGAAGUCGAAUUCAAGGAAGCCAUCUGGGUGACUGAGAACAAAGAAUACCUCCGCAUUCAACAAGCCAAGGCCCUCAAACGGGCCCAAGAAGAAGCCAACGGUGGUCCCGCGCCUCGCAAGAAUCGCAAGCGCCGCCGCGGCCGCCUUGGUGAUGUCACUUAUCUCGAGGGUGAGGAGGGCGAAGAAGGCCGUACUUCACGCGCCACCACUCCCGCCGAGGCUACACGCCGCAUGCUCGAACGCCGCGGGUACAGUAAGAAAAUCAACUAUUCCCUACUCGAUACGCUUUACGGCGGAGAAGGAGGCGAUCCCAAGCAGGAAAGCAUGAGCCGAAGCCAGAGUCGCAGUCAAAGCGUUGUCUCCCGACGCAGUGCGAGUAUCGAGCCUGAAAUGUCUGCUCGCUCGCGCCGCGCAACACCCGUCAAAAACCGACUUUCUCGUCCUCCUCCCAAGCAACCUGCCGGUCCACUUCCCACCCCACCCUCGACUGCCCCUGCUGCAUCUCAGGACGUCAAGCCUGUCGUAUCAAAGGACGGGCCCACUAAAGAGGAGCCCGAAUCAGGCGCCGCUGAUGAUCCAGAUGAUGAAGAUGACGAGGACGAAGAUGACAACGACGAUGGUGUGGAUGAUGCGUUUGCGGGAGAAUACUACGACGAAAGUGAAUAUGAAUAUGACGACGAUUAG